UCUGCUCAGUUUUAAUCCUUCUUCGUCAAGAGUGCUAGAAAGCUGGACUUUGCUGUCUUUCUUUUGAAACUGCAUUAAAAUGGCUUUUCUAACCCAUGCUGUCAGCUUUCUCCUGGUUGUGGCCCUUUACAUCCAGCAUAGUAAUGGUCAAUCAGUACCGGACAGAUGCAGAUGUGUCACCACGUCCUCUAAGGCUUUUAGAUGGAAAAAUAUUGACGAGUUCUCUGUCACUGCACCAAGGUCCCGCUGCAAAGCCACAGAGAUCAUACUGACACUGAAGACUGUACACUCAAACACGAAAGAGAAAGAACAACGCUGCAUUAACCCAAAUAUAUAUCAGGGUCAGUACCUUCAGGAAUGCUGGAACAGGGUAAACAAAGAUGGCAAGAAAACCACUAUCAAGAUAUCUGAAUGUGCAAUUUCCAGAAACACUACAAAAACAACCACGGCCAGUAUUGUAACAAUACCGAGCCGCUGAAGAAGAGUGUGUAUGUGGAAACUCCAAAAACUCUGUGGUCACGUGACCGACAAAAUCCAGUGAGAACAUCCAUAUCUUUAUAUCCAGCCUCGUUCCUGUUUCUGGAAGCUCCAUUUGGAUAACAUAAGGGUGAUAACGUGUCCAAGAACUGUCAGACAGAUGUUUUAGCAGAAAAAGUUCGGUGCAGGAUUACCAUGCAUACUGAUUGUUUAAUAGGCCUGAAGUGGCCCAUCGCAUUUUUACUUUCUUACAGCCAGUAUUUAAAUCAUUAUAUAAUAUUUAUUUGUUUGUGAUUAUUAAGUAUUUUAAAUAAAUGUCUCCAUUUUGUA